AUGGAUCUUUAUGAUGAGCUCCCUCAAAGUUCACUGCUCUGUGACGAAGAAUUCACUUCUUUGUUAGAUGCCUGUAAAAAAUAUCAGGUAUCAGUAGUCGACUUUCUCACACUCCCGUCUAAAGAAUUGGCAAGACAGCUUCAAAGGUCAACAAAUGAGGUAGAUAAGUUCCAAAAAUCAAUGAUCGCAGAGUAUGAUGAUCAAUUGAUGAAUUUUAACGAGGUGAAACCCAUUAGUGAAGUGGAAGGACCGGUACCAUUCACUACAACUGAUGUUGGCAUUGAUGAGGCCCUUGGAGGAGGUAUUUAUACACAUGGUAUUACAGAAGUUUUUGGCGAAAGCUCUACUGGUAAGUCCCAAUUACUUAUGCAAUUGUGCUUGAGCGUUCAAUUGCCUACAAAUAUGGGAGGAAUUAAAGGUAAAUGCGUUUAUAUUUCUACUGAAGGUGAUUUACCCACACAAAGACUGGCAUCUAUGAUUUCAGCAAGAGAGGAGUUGGUUAAACAUGGAGUCUCACAGGAAAAUGUUUAUACAGUCACUUGUUGUGAUUUAAUUAAUCAAGAUCAUAUUCUCAAUGUUCAAUUGCCGAUUCUUUUAGAGAAUAGUAGAGGCGCCAUCAAGUUAAUAAUCAUUGAUUCUAUCUCUCAUCAUAUGCGAGUUGAACUUCCUACUAGAGACUUUAAGGAUCAUCAAGACAACAGGUUUUAUGUUGAUCAAGUAGCCGAGAGAUUACUUGAUCUAGCCAACAAACACGCUUUAGCGGUUGUGGUUGCCAACCAAGUUAGUGAUAGACCAUUGUUCGAAAGUCCAGAGCCUUAUGUUGCUGAAUUAACAGAUUAUGAGUACCAAUUGGGGUGGUGGGUAGGUUGGAGGAAUUCUUCCAUAAUUUAUCAUCAAAAAUAUAACGAACCUAAGAAUGUUAAUUCAGAUUACCAAGAUAAUGAAGAUCUGUUAUCAGAUGAUGAAGAUGGAAAGUUGAUUCAUGAUGAAAUAGCAAGGGUCGAAAAUUUGUCAAGGACGAAGGCAGCCAAAGUAACAGUUGCAAAUAGCGAGAAGGCAUUGCCGCCGGAUAAAAGACCUAUCGAAAGAAGAUCAACAUUCCCUUCCAAUAAGCAAAGAUUUCACAAAAAGAGAAGUGUAGAUAGAAGGGUGCCUAAUUUAGGUUUGAAUUGGGCUAAACAUCUCAGUAGUAGAAUUUUACUGAGUAAAUCCUAUAGGGCAUCACCAAUGAUUAGGAGAGGUGAGUUGCAUCUUUAUAAAGGAUCUGAUCCUACAACUUUUUGGCAGGUCAAGAGGCUCUUUAAAGUUGUUUUUUCGGCGUAUGCAGAUUCCAAGGAAAUUCCAUUUAUGAUCACAAAAAGAGGUUUGGAAAGUUCAUUAGGUGAUGAUUGA